GCCAGACACAUACUCAGUAACUCAUAUCAAAGCUGACGACGUGAAGGAGUACAGCAUAAAAGCUUUCAUUAUUCGUCAACGCAAUUUAUGACAGACAUCCCUCAUCAACACCAUGGCCACUACGGAGAGCACUGCACUAGGAGGACCACAGAGUAACAUCACUGAGGCGCACGUGAAGAGGGUGCUGAAAGCUGAUAAGGGCAGUAACGCUCAACUUAACUCAUGGAAUGUCAAGGACUUCACUCAGAAGGGUGACAACUAUGCCAAUGUCGUCACCAGCGUCAGCGUUAGCUACUCUCUCCAUGGCCAGGAUCAAAGUGUGUCCUAUGUGGUCAAGAUAAACACGAAAUACAAUGUGGAUAAUGACAUGGAAUUAUUUACUGCGAUAAUAUUUAAAAAAGAAGCAGAAUUUUAUGAGGAAAUCAUUCCUUUAUUGAACUCUGAGCUGACAUCUGUGGGUCUUCGUGAAUUGAGGAUGCCGAAAUGGUUUUAUACACAUUGUGAAGACGGUCAGGAUAUGAUCUUCUUAGAGAAUCUUCGCCCCCAAGGAUAUCAAAUGUUUGACCGCAGGAAGGUAAUGGACGUGCCCCACGCCACCCUCGUUCUACAGGAGCUGGCCAGAAUGCAUGCCGCUUCCCGCUUACUGCAGGCAAGGACACCAGACGAAGACUUUUGUGACCAAUUUAAGUAUAUAAAAACUAACUGGAUAAAUUUUUCCGACACUGCAAAAGAAAUGAUGAAUAACUUUUUUGCAAGCAGUAUUUGUAAUGCCGAAGAAAUGUUACACAAAGUGAAAGGGUACGAGUUAGCAGAGCAAUGGAUGGCAAAGAACAAGACCGAUGGUGCUGGUGUCCUCGAGAGACAUCUAAUCAGAAAUCCAAAAUUUGAUGUUAUCUGCCAUGGAGACUGCUGGAACAACAACGUGCUCUUCAGGUACAAUGAAGACGGUGAUCCCGUGGAAGUGAUGUUGGUGGAUCUUCAGCUGAACGGAGUGGCUUCUCUGGCAAAUGACCUCAACUUCUUCCUGCAUUCCAGCCUCCACGGCAACGACAGGAAGAUUAAUUUGCAAAACUUCCUGACCUCAUACUAUUACACCUUCACAAAGGUGUUGGAAGCCGGUGGUGAAGCCACACCCUUCACCCUGCAGGAGCUGCAUCAGGAGUACAUGAAUAAGUUAGAAUAUGGUGUUCUCUUUUCUACUAUGGGAGUGACAAUGAUGUUUAGUGAGGGCAGCGACACAUUAGAUCUAGAUGCUAUGAAAACCAACGAGGAUGUAAAAAGGGUGAUGGAGGAGUGGCAGGUGACGACAAUCAAGAUGAUGGACACCAAUCCGGCCUUUCGGUCUCGUUUCCUCGCCUCGUUUGACGAAUUGGUUGAGCAAGGACUUACCUCCUAGGUGUUAAUGUCUCACACGCACAGAUUUAGGGCAUUUUUCCGGCAUUUUAUAUUUUUCAGGUGGGAAUUCUCUCAGUGGAUUUGCAUUAUAAUCUAUAACUUGAUUCACUUCUUUGGAUCCGUAUUAUAUUUCUUAUUCUGUAAGCAUAUAAAGCCAUACAGCACUAUAUGAUAUCAGUAUGUUACGUUUGUUUAAAUAAAUUGGUAAAAACA